AGGCAUAAUGAGUGGCCGUGGAAAGGGAGGUAAAGGACUCGGAAAAGGAGGCGCCAAGCGUCACCGUAAAGUUCUCCGUGAUAACAUCCAGGGAAUCACCAAGCCCGCUAUCCGCCGCCUGGCUCGCCGCGGUGGCGUCAAGCGUAUCUCCGGUCUCAUCUACGAGGAGACCCGCGGUGUGCUUAAGGUUUUCCUGGAGAAUGUCAUCCGUGAUGCCGUCACCUACACCGAGCACGCAAAGAGGAAGACUGUGACCGCCAUGGAUGUGGUGUACGCUCUCAAGAGGCAGGGCCGCACGCUGUACGGCUUCGGCGGUUAAAUCUACCAGCUCCUUAAAACAA